AACCAUUGAAGUUCUACCACGUUAUUUCCUAUAGCAACUUAACAGCGGGGCAGCUGUCGGUGACUCUUCCUGCAUGUUAUGUCCGUUGGUCAACAACUCGGCUGUCCAUAGACUUUGUCUGCAUCGUGCGCACUGCAUAGUUGUCCUUCGUAAGGUUAAAUUGAAAUGGGGAAUAGCUGGUUAUUUGAAGCGUUAGGUAAACGGUGACCCAAGGCCAAGCGACCGAAUCGUGCUCUGUACUGGCCACUAUUUACUUUCUUGGCCAUGUUCUCCCCGCCUAUCAGCGCUCUGCCACCAGGCGUUCCGCCGCUGCCCAGUUCAAGAGGCAGCUCGCUGACUCCUCUGGAUGGCUUGCGACCAUUCCCGGUCCCAGAUGGCCCCUUCAACGCAAGCGGCAUGAUGCCGCCUCCCAGCAACAGAGGAGUGCGUGCAGCCUCGGCCAACACGCGACCCUCGCCCCUGGCAGCGUCAGGCCGGGGUGCCGCCGCUGCGAUGUCACCGCUGCAGGCCAACAACCUCUCCGAGGCGGACAACAUCAAGGUGGCGGUGCGCGUGCGGCCGCUGUUCCCUCAUGAGACGGAGCGCGGCGGCACCUCCGUGGUGCAGGUCAGCAGCAACACCACCAUCAAGGUGGUUGUUCCCGGCCCGGCCGGCACCUCCAUGCAGCGCGACUUCGCCUUCCACGCCUGCCUGGGUCCCGAGGUGGGGCAGGCGGACGUGCUGCACCUGUGCGGGGUGCCGCAGCUGCUGGACGCGGCGCUGGCGGGGUACAACGUCACCAUCGUGGCGUACGGACAAACAGGCUCCGGCAAGACGUACACCAUGUCGGGUCGCGAGGAGGUGAUCAGCUCCGACGGCUACAGCGGCGGCGACACGCAGCACGACGGCAUCAUGACGCGCGCGCUGCAGCACCUCUUCGCCGCCAUGCAGGCGCGCAAGGGGGACACCAAGUACGGCGUGGCGGCAUCUUACCUGGAGAUCUACAAUGAGGGCAUAUACGACCUGCUCAACUUGAAGGCUAAGAACCUGCCUGUCAAGUGGGACGCCGCACUGGGCUUCUACGUGCCGGGGCUCAAGCAGGUGCCCUGCACCAAGAUCGACACCAUGAUGGAUGUUAUCCGCACCGGCAUGCAGCACCGCCACGUGGGCAGCCACGAGCUCAACAUCGAGUCCAGCCGCUCGCACGCCAUCAUGACACUCACCCUGCACGCCACGCCCGCCGACCCGGCAGCCGCGGACUACGGAGCCCCGCGCAUGGGCAAGAUCUCGUUCGUGGACCUGGCGGGCAGCGAGCGGCUCAAGGACACCAAGUCCGAGGGCGCCAUGCUUAAGGAGACAACCAACAUCAACAAGAGCCUCUUCGUGCUGGGCAAGGUCAUCUCGGCGCUGGCGGAGCGGGACAGCGCGGGAACCAGCGCGCACAUACCCUACAGGGACUCCAAGUUGACCAAGCUGCUGAUGGACUGUCUGGGCGGCAACGCGCUGGCGCUCAUGAUCGCCUGCUGCAGCCCCGCGUCAACAGCGGUGGAGGAGACGCUGUCCACGCUGUCGUACGCCACGCGAGCAAAAAACAUACAGAACCGACCCACGGUUCAGUACGACCCCAGGGAGGCCCAGAUCGCCAACCUGCGUCGCGAGAUCGAGUUGCUGCGCCAGGAGAACACCUACCUGCGCGAGCAGGUGCGGCUGGGCGGCACGGCGGGAGCGGCCAGCGCCAGCGGCUUCCUCUCCGAUUGCGUCUCCACGCCGCUGCUGCAUGGGGCCCGACCCGCAUGGCCGCCGCUGGUCCCCUCACAGCCGCCGCCGCAGCAGCAGCUUCAGCCGGGAGGCGGCACCUGGGACGGCAGCCUGGCCCCCGGCGGGCUGAACAGCACGCUGGGGGGCAGCAGCACCGCCAGCAGCAGCAGCCAUCAGCAGCAGCACCCCCACGCGCCCUGGCCCUCCCUCAUGAACCCGCCAGACAGCGCAACGGGGAGCAGCAGGGACAGCGGCAGGGAGGCAGGAGGCGCUGCCGCUGCAGCGGUGGCAGCAGCAGCGCCCCUCCCCCCGCGGCUGAUGUCCUCCGGGCGCAUGGUGACGUCCGCCUCACCCGAGGGGUAUCACUCCAGGGGGGGCACGGCCAGCGGGGGGACGCACCUGGAGCCGCUGCGCAUGUCGGGAGGGGAGGCGGCGGCAGCUGGGGUGAAUGGAGCAGGCGGUGGUGGUGGCGGCGGGAUGACGUCUCGGCGGUUGAGCCUUGCGGGGCCGCCGGACGAUGACUUGAUGCGGAGGCUGAUGGAGACGCAGGCGCUGCUGUCUCGCUUCAGUGAGGAGAACGGGCGGCUGGCCAAGGAAAACGACCGGCUGCGGGCGGGCCGGCAGCUGCUGUCUCAGGAGCAUGGGGAGGUGCUGGACGAGAUCGAGCUGCUGCGCUCCAAGCUGGUGGCGCUGGAGAGCGCGGUGCUGUCGGGCGCGCAGACGCCCAACGCGGCCAAGGCGGCGCUGCUGUCCGCAGUGGCGGGGGGGCUCUCCCGCAGCGAUAGCCCCGUGUGUAGCGGCAGCAGCAGCCCCAUGCAGCCAGCGGCGGCGCAACAGCAGCAGCAGGUGCAGCAGAUGGGAGGAGGAGGAGGAGGAGCAGCGGGGGUCGUGGGGAGUAGCGGGUUGGGCGGGAGCAGCGGGGCUGGAGGUACGGGGCUGGGGUUGGGGCUAGGCAGCAGUGCCAGUCCGCUGCGUGGGCGGCCGGACUCCAUGAACAGUCAGGGGCACGGCGCUUCGUCUUCACCCUCGUCUUCCAUGUCGCUAGGCGGGCCAGGUGGGCAAACACAGGUGCUUGCGGGUCAGCAACAGCAGCUGCAGCAGCACCCGCAGCAGCACCCGCAGCAGCAGCCGCAGCACCAACAAGGGCCCAACAAGCAGCAGUACUAUCAGCAGCAGCACGCGCAACAGCACGACCAGCCCUCUUCUCGAAGCGCAGCGGAUGCCUACCUGCCGCCGCCCGGGUCCGCCUCCCAGCAACGACAAGAGCAGCAACAGCAGCACUGCCCACCCCAGCAACAACAGCACCACCAGCAGCCGCAACCCCCUCCACAGCAGCAGCAGCCUCAAUCGUCCCAUGGUUCCAACCACCACCCGCCCACAUCCACAUCCACAUCCACCACACCACCGCAUCCCCACCCACACCCGCACCAGCCCGCGCAGCCCCACCCCCAGCAACAAUACCCCGCCCCGGCCAAUGUCAUGUCCGUCGGCACAGCGCCGGGCAACUCCGGUGCCAUGCGGUCUCGUACGAAGUACGGCAGCAGCGGCAGCGGGUCGGGCGGCGGCGGCCCUGGCGGCGGCGGUCGCGGUGAUGACUCGAUCAUAGUUGCGGACCGCUCCAAGCUCGCGUUGCUGCUGGGGGAUGGGCCGGUCGAGCCGGCGGUGCCGGUACGGCCGCUGCCCAUCAAGCCGCCCGAGCCCAGCUACGCUAACCCAGCAAAGGCCCACCACGCCCAGCACAUCCAGAAGCAGCUGCAGCGGAGCACCUCCAACCCCACCUCGCCCACCGGCGCCAUCCCGGGGCCCGGCGGCGGCGUGUCCUAGCGGCUGCACCCGCUGGCCUGCGGGGGUGUGGUGCGUGUACCGGUGCUCGUGCGUUGUGUGCAGCGACGCCUUGCUUGGAAGAGUGCAGGGCGCGUGCGAUAUGCAUGGGGGUUUACAGGUAUUAGGAGAAUUUUGUCACGACAUGCGUGAAGGCGCAAGUUAAGCGGUGUGGCAGGAAGCUGGGAAGGCGGUACCUAGUAGGCCCAGUUUCUUGGCGGAGAGCCCCUGCUGAGCUAGUAACGCAAUUUUCUGCAUAUGAAUACUUUACGUGUCCGCACUCCAGGGAGGGUUGCUGCUGCCGCUGCUUAGCAACCAAGUGUGGCGUGGGCGGGAGGGGGGAGCCAGAGCGUGCACGGAGGACGGGGCUUAUAACAUGGUAGGGUUUACAUUCUACCGUAGUAAGUUGGAAAGCUGCCAUGCAGGGGCAGUAGGAGGCGGGCUUGGGAGUUUGGAGGAGGUAAUGGCCACGUCGUGAUGCAGCCAGGUAAUCAGGACGGUCGCGCUGCUAACGCCGGUGGGGUAAUCCUCGGCGCUGCUAUGGAUUGGCGUGUAUUGGUAUUGAGACGGUUGGGAGAAGUGUGUACUUCCGUUGCACUGCGGUGCAUCAAGCGUUUGGCAGGUCAUCAUACUCCGCCAUGACUUACUUCUGGGUACUACGGUACUAGGUAUCCUUGGGACUGCUUUUACUGGCUUGAAAGCAGGCAAACAAAGCUAUCCACGCCGUGAUCAAAAGGUAUAAUUAUGGUCAAUUUAUGCCGUUUAGUUGGCUACCGUUUGUAAUUUUUGUGUUGCACAAGUUCCAGCUGAGUUACCGGUAUUCCCUAGCUAGCAUCGACGACUCGCCAUGUUUCAACAGCUCCUGCGGCCGACGCAGCAGUGUUUGGGAGGACGGCGGGCGGCACAACUAGCAGAGGUGUCUCCAGCCGCAGGGCAAAUCCGAAGAAUUCAUACAAAUCCAAACCAGUCUCGAUCAUUCACGGCAUUUUAUGGGAUCCAACGGGUGAAUCGGCUCGUGGCGUGGAGCGCACCGAAGGACCCAUCCGGCCCAACUCGCACACCCGUCGAAGUACCCGCGGGAACUAAAGAACAGGGGAACAACCAGCUGCUGUUUUCCCUUGGAAUUGGGGCCCUCUGGAUUGGACUAUUGGCCUACGUCUUCCUGCUAGCUCCCAACCAGACACCCUAUCGCGACCAAAUCUUCCUAGAACGGAUCAUCGGGGUGGGCGAGAAGGAUGGGUUCGUGGUCAACCCCGUGUUCGUGUCGCUCUUCAACAUCAUGGGCAUCUACCCCGCCAUCUACGCCUGCCUGCUGGUGCCGGGCGGCCGCAGCGGGAACAAGGUCCCCGCUUGGCCCUUCAUCCUCCUCUCCUUCGGCUUCGGCGCCUUCGCCCUGCUGCCGUACAUGGCCCUCUGGCGGCCGUACGAGCGGCCCGAGGCGGACAACCCGCUGCCGCCGCCUGCCUCGGAGCUGCAGGGCUGGCGGCGGCUGUUCAUGAAGGGCGCGGAGACGCCGGUGAUGCCAGCCAUGCUGCUGGCUGGGGCGGGCGCCUACCUACUGCAGGCCGCCAGUGCGGGUGGGGCGGUGUGGCUGGACUACCUGAAGCUCUUCGACGAGAGCCGCCUGGUGCACGUGACCACCCUGGACUUCGGCGCCCUCACCGCUCUGGCGCCCUUUUGGAUGGAGCUGGAUGCGGCGGGAAGGAAGUGGGAGCGCAGGAGCCAGCUGUUGCCGCUGUUGUCGCUGCUGCCGGUGCUGGGGCCCUGUGUCUAUCUGCUGUUGAGACCCAAGACGCAGCAACCGCAGGAGUAAACGUGGAGGCGAGCUGGCAGGCCGCAGCGCGGCAUGCGUGUGCCGUGUUUGACUCUUUGAAAUCUUUGUUAGUAAAGACCUGAAGAGAAAAGAAGUGAUGCUCACGUGAUGCGAGAAGUUACGGUCAGUCGCAUCA